AUGCUCGGCGCUUCCAUUGGUGCAUCGGUUGGUCCCUGUAUCACCUGGGAUUCAAUCGUCCUGGGCGUACUCAAGUCGGUCUACAUCACAUUCGUGAUCCUUCAAAGCUGUUCACCUUUCUUCGCAUUACUCGUUCAGCUGCACCAGAAACUCCGACGAACUGACAGAACAGCUAUUGCGAGUUUUGGCCAUGUCCACUUCAGGGACUCGAUCCGAGUCAUGGGUCGGCUGCUCUGUGAAUGGAGGACUCUUCUCCUACUCCCGGUCAUGUUCUCGCCCGAGCUCUUUUUCCCUUUCCAGGCCAACAUCAAUGCAUAUACCUUCAAUCUCAGGACACGCAACCUCAACAUCCUCUUGAAUACUCUCUUCCAAUUUCCUGUCACGGCAAUGCACACCAUUACCGUUAAUUGUGCGUGGAUCACGGGAGCCUAUAUCGCGCAAGCCAUCUGGCUCAACUCCUGGAACUUCAACUGGAAAAUCCCAGGACCGGAAAUUGAUUGCACCGAUAAGGCGGACCGAGGUGCUAUGAUGGUCUACCUCUCCUAUGCGGCGCAGUAUGGCAUGUUUCAAAGUCUUGUGCUGUAUGUUCUCGGCAGUUUCACCUAUGAUCCCGUCAAGGCCGCGGCCUGUGGUGUUUUGUAUACUGGAGAAACCAACUACGGCAAGGAAGAGGAUGUUAUCAUGCCCGUCCGUAUUCUACGGAGAUGGGCAUUGGGGACGACGUUGUCGUGCAGGAACAAUGGUGUCAUCCGAAUCGCUUACAUUGGCACCGAUACUGCCAACCUGAAUAACCUUGUGCGGCCUCAUGAAACGCGAAUCCAUGACACCCAUCGGCCUCAGUACUUGCACUAUCCCAUCCCAUCAUUUCACCCUCCGCUACCUUGGAAACCUACAUCGGACCUGCUCAGUGGACAUUAUGUGACACCAGGUGCCAUCACUGACCUGACUAGCUUCCCCGUUCGUGAAGUCUGCGACUCCUCGGUUGAAACUUACUUCACCGAGAUCCAUCCCAGUAUUCCCAUCAUCGAUGAAGCAGACUUCCUCCGAAGCUACGCUGAUCCCAAAACCCCACCACUCUUACUCCUCUUCCAUGCGGCUCUCCUCGCGGCAGCCCGAGUCAGUGACCGUCCCAUGUUGGUGUGGUCUCGGGCCACUGCUACAGCAACUCUGUAUCGCCGUGCCCGUGCGCUCUUCAACCUUAGAUACGAGAACGAUCGUCUGCUCCUGGUUCAGUCGUCCAUGCUCGUGGCAAGGCACACUGAGAACCCCGACACGGUUGGAUGCAAUAGCUACUGUUAG